AGGUGUUCUGGUGCUGCAAGAGUUGAGUUGCGAUCUGGCCGCUUAGAGGCUGGUGGCGUCCACUGCUCUUCCUGCCGCCAGCACCCGACCCUACCCGUCCCCAGCCCCUACAGGACUUCCCUCUCUUUAUCUGUUGAGGAAGACGUGGAGGACAGAACAGGCGAUCCCUGGUGGCACUGAGGGUGGGGUUGGCGAAGUGGCUGUCCCGUAGACCUUUGGCCCCACCUGCCCCAGCGAUGACCUCAUUCCCGGUGGAGGCGGGCACGGUCGGGUGGUAGCCAGGCAGAUGCGUGGGAGCCGCUCCCCAGUGCACACGCGCCCCACAUGUGCAACCACUCGCUCGCUUUCCGCCUCGCGUACACCCACCCACACAAACCUCUAGGGAUGUCUUUUGUGUACAGUUGUGAAACGCAGUGAUAAAACUUAGAGGCGCGUCAAGUGAAGUGUAUGAGAUCAGUGCCGCCCUCGCCCCGGCGAGUGAGAUGACCCCCUAGCCGGCCACUGCAGGGCCGACCCACCUCAGUGAUGGACUCCUUUAGUGACAAGUCGGAUAGUGGAGUGCUUGUGCCGCCACGGCCGGUGAUGUACGGCAACAUGGUGUGUCCGGUGGAAACUUCGAGGGACGGCGACGACGCCUCUCCCAACGUCACCCCUGCCCUUCCCUGCGACCCCUCCGUCACCCAACUCGCGCCGCCCCUCUCCAGGACGAGCGACCAGGUCAUCUCACAGGACCAGGCUAUCAAGGUGCCCAACCCCUCCAUGGCCACGGGGAAUAUGAAUCAGAUGUGCAAAGUUUGUGGCGAACCAGCGGCAGGCUUCCACUUCGGUGCCUUCACCUGCGAGGGUUGCAAGUCGUUCUUCGGAAGGACGUACAACAACCUGUCAUCGCUGAACGAGUGUAAGAAUAGCGGGCGAUGUGUUAUCAACAAGAAGACGCGGACCUCGUGCAAGAGUUGUCGCCUUCGCAAGUGUCUGAUGGUGGGCAUGUCCAAGAGCGGCUCGCGGUACGGCAGACGCUCCAAUUGGUUCAAGAUCCACUACUUAAUGCAAGGCAACAACAAUAAUAAUGAGAGCAGUAACGUGAAUAAUAACAGCAUGAGUCCCAUCCCGUCUGUUACAACCAGCGGCGACUUGUCCGGCAGCGACCAUUCUGUUACCCUCUCCUACGCACCCUCCUCGCCCGGCCUCGCCAGUCCGGCCUCAGAGUCAAAGACGCUCAGUCCAGACUUCAGGGACUUUAAGAUUACUCCAGACUUUAAGCUGAGUCCAGAUUUUAAGCUGAGCCCAGACUUUAAGCUAGGUUCUGACCUCAAGUCCGGUUUAGACUGUAAAGGACUCAACUCUCCCACGCCCUCGUCCUCAGAAUCUCACAACUCGGACUCAUCAUUGGAUCUGAGCGAGAAGUCUCUCUUCCCUCCCUAUCCGGAGCACCUGUACCCGAAGGAGCUGCUAGCGUUGUACAACCUGCCUGCACUGACGCCACGCCUGCCGCCUUACAUGUCCCCCACCUCCCUGGCCCACAGCUACCUCUACCCUUACUACCCCUCCCUCCUGUCAGUCUACUCACGCCGCCAGUACCUCGACUCGCUACUGCAGAAGGCGCGACAGAGCGAAGCGCCAGCAACAGUCGACGUUGAGGAUGAACCAAGGGACCUCGCCUCGCCCAACCGAGAAUUUACGCCGCCAACGAAAUUUUUUAAGCCCAACACCAUCCGUCCUCACCACGAAAUGAAAGUGGCGGUGAAGUCUUCUCGUCAUUCUCCAGUCAGAGGCCUUCUGUCCCUGCGCCAGGACCUCAAUGGACGGGACACACUCCCAGGAUACAACCCCGGCCACGAUCUAACCCCAAGAGGCAGUCCAGACACUGUUCCCGUAGCUGCCACCGCUCCCCAGGACCUUCCCAUUGACCUCAGUGUCAAAAAUAAGUCCCCAAGUCCUCAGCGAAUUGACAGCGAUGAUGACAGGUCGGCUUCCAGCAGUCCUCACAGAAUGGAGGACGAAGGGAAAGAGGAUAAAAAUGCUAAUGACGAAGUGGAAGAAGAAGGGGAACGAAAAAAAGAAGAACAAGAGACGCCUCUGGAUCUGAGCUCAGUAAGGAUGGGGUAGUGCCCGAGGCAUGACGAGGUUCAAGCAUUGAAAAAAGAAAAAGAUGGCGACCAAGCGGGAGGAAAAUACAGCUUCGUUUCUUUUGACGAUCCGGAAAAUAUUUGUAAGUUGUGAGGCUCCAUGACCCCUCCCGCUCACCGCCGCUCGCCUCUGCCGUGGCACCUUUGUCGAGUUAUGGAGAGGCGAGUGUUACCGCCUCUCGCUGCUCUUUUCUUCAGUAUUUGCUGGUGAAACAUGACCACUGAUGUGCCAUGAAAAGUACAAGUUGUUCCCUCACGCACAAAUAGGCAGAAAAAAUUACAGACACUUACAUGCAUAUAUAUAAGUGCACACACCUGAUGGUUGCCAGUACACACUCUCACACAGGCGCCUCUGCGCGCCCACAACACACACACACACACACACACACACACGGUGGUGCUCCGGCCUCUACGCUGGAGCUGCGCAACUCUCUUCCGCCAUUGUGCCGUCAGCGCCCCGGCAGUGGAGGGCUGGCCUUACCGAGGGGACGAAGUGCGGGCCGCGCAGCACGUCCAGUCUGCUGCUGCCGCCCAGUGAACUAAUGUUGGGCGGGGACUGAUGCAGUUCUUUUUUUCUCUCAUUUAUUCUCGAUCUCUUGUGAUAUUAUGUGGACAAAUGUUACAGACGAUUAUAAUCAAGUAUUAUAUUAGAAGAACAUAUAUAUUUUUUAUUUUUCGAUACUGAAAAAAGUUUAGUACCAGUGAUUAACUCGUAUAUUUUAGGAACAUUAUCUAUGUAAUAUCAUUGCUGUUUUUUGCAUGUCACGUGCAAAAAUUUGAUCUUCACGCACUGUGAAUGAUGCGUGGGCGUGCCUUGCCUUGCCGUGCAGUGCGCCUCGUCAGUGUUGCGCUCCUGAGGCAAGAUGAGGCGACACAAGUCGUCGGCCACGCAGCGCCCAGGACAUUCCAGGAUGCCACGGUGCCUCUUCCCUGUGUCGCGUGCAAGUGUGCAGGGCCACGUGAGGAAAGAGAGGCUUAUCGCACGUGUGGGAAUCGCACGUGACGACGCCGAGCCUCGGGUCCGCCAGCGGGUGAACAGCGACCCUCACGCUUCUCCUGACAGAAACUGCGUCCCGAGGCGGAUGUGUGUACGGGUGGCAACCAGUCAGUGGCGACCCUAAGCUCACUCCUAUUGAUUCCCCAGAGCUCCUUCCAUGACCCCAGCGCUCCCCUCUCCCACCCCCAUAGAGCUCCUCUCUUUACCAUAGCGCUCCCCUCUCUCCCUUCCUCAGGCUUCCCAUUACUUCCCACUGUAUAGGAUUCUUACCUUCCUAGAGAUCCCACAUUUCCCUCCAGCGUUCCUCCUCAUUCCAGCUCAUUGACCGAGGGCUCCUCACACUUCAAACGGUCGCCUUACUCCCCCUCUAAGACUGUCACGACCGCAAACUCACCUCCCCGGAGCUCCUGGUGACCACAGUGCUUAUCUCAGUGUCCUAACCAGAGUUUCAUCGCUCCCCUCUCCAGGACUCCCUCACCACACUUACACUCCCCUCACUCGCUCAUUCCCAUCAGUGUUCUCGCUCAUUUCCAAUUAUAAUUCUUCCAUUCUCUCGAGUUAUUCUUUUUUUUUCUUCAUCUCUCUACAGAGUUUGUAUUACGCUGUCAGCAUUCUCCAACAUUGCCUUUCAGUUUAGUGGCUCUCAGCUCCUCAAAGCUCAUCCCUCCCACCACUUCUCUCAUCUCUCCUCUGCUCCCCCAGCAGUUUUUUUUUAUUCUGUCGAGUCUGGUGUUGUGAGAUGUGAGUUUUUUUUUAUGUUAGAAAUGUUCGUCUCGACAUCUACAACACCAGCUGCAAGUAUUGCUGGGGUGCACCGCGAAAACGACACACAACACAUAUCGUCCAAUAUCAACGUUCCAGUAUUUGCCGUGUACAUAAGUUUGAAACGUAAGUGAGGUACAGCCAGGUUUUUAUUGUCUUCAGUAGUAGCUGCCGGAGUCCGAGGUGUGGGUGAUCUUUGUAAUGUUUAUGGUGAUGCAAGUGGUGGUCCCCGAGCCUGUAACACCGCCACGGGAGGAAUGAAGAUGCAAUAAUUAUCACGUACAAAAAGAGAAGGUGGAAGGUGAUACAUAACAUUUGUCCCAGAUGUACGUACGGGUGAAUGAUUCUUGUGCUGGUUAAUAGGUUUAAUAAUGCAUUCAGUACGUGAGCCAUCGAACGGUCCGCAUUCAUAUUGUCGUCGUCUUCCCACUGUUUUUUUUUUUUUUUUCUUCACCUUUUUAAUAUUUCAUGACAAUCGGAGCCACUCAGAGCCGCACCACUUGUCCCUGUCACGGUUCUGUUACGCCUCUUGGCUGAAUGUGGCGAAAUUCUCUCACACCGUCUUUUCUUACAGUUUGUUGAUUUUCAGAUACCACAUGAAAUUAGCCUGUUUUGUUUUCCUUCGUCAUACUUUUUUCAUGUGCCUCUUUCCAAUCGCUAGCCAAUACAUAACCAUUUAUUUUUUUUAUAUAAUAGCUGCCCUUAUUUUGCUAGGGGAAUGGUUCAAUGUGUAUAGACUCGACUCACAUUUCAUACACUCUUAACUGAAGCACUUCCCGCACACCCUUUGAUCACACAUAUCAGUCCCCACCGUGAUUGUGUUCAGCUCAACUGUAGCUGAACUCAAAACGUAUUGUUCAGUAUUUCACACCUUCGUUACUUCUUUACAGUGUCAGCAUGUUUUAUAGUAAAGGUAACACACACACACACACACACACACACACACACACACACACACACACGUGGGGAACAGAAAAGGGAACAAAAAAAUGCGAACAUUAUCGAGUCAACUACACUUCCAGCAAAUACACCAAGCCAUUUACUACACCAUCAGAAAUUCCUGUAACAGCAUGUCGAGUAAAUGUUUGACAGGAAUCAUUACAACAUCUAAGUGUAGUGAGGAAAAUAAAAUAGUGUUGAUUUCGUGUGGUAUCUGAAGACCCACCAAUCACGACACGGUUAUGGGAUCAUUUCGAGCACAGGUGUGAAAACAAGCAGGUCAGAUAGCAACGUACUGCUUCCGGGGAGGGUUGCGUCGGUCACCAAGUAUGAAUAUCGUAUUUAUUGUAAGUAAUUUGUCGGUGCCAUCUAGCCUGUAAGGAUUAGAGUAAUAUAAUAAAUGCUACGACCCUUA